GACGCCAUUAUAACAUACAAGAAGGCGUGUCAUGGGUAUUUCUGAGUAUCCAGAUGAAGUUAAAAAGUGUUUUCCAAUGGAAGGAAGUAACAUAGUAAAUAUGGACCUAAAGGCAGUCGGGAAUCAUAACAACAAGAACCUUGUCGAACAAACCAGGGAGACGAAAAUACCAUUGACUUCCCACUGUGUUCCCGUCGUACAUGAGGUCAACUGUUGCUACUGCUGCAAAGUUUCGCUGAAGACGAGUACAAAGGUCAUAGGAUGGAUCGUACUGAUUAUCAGCUUGUGUCUUUCGACAUCGGAUACAACAUAUUUGACACAGAUGCAAAAGUCUGAAUUUCUAAAGCUAGCAGAAGAAUGGAAGGAAUUCGUGACCUUCGAAUUAAUAAUACACACGGCGAUUUCAAUGCUGAGUUCGCUUAUGCUACUGGGGGUUCAUUUUGAAGUUCCAGUUCUGAUGUUGCCCCACUUGGUCGUAGAUUUGCUGCUCAUAAUCGCACUUGCAUUAAUGCAUAUGCAGAUAACUCUCAACUCAUCGGGUUACAGUGUGGGUUGCGGAACGGUGAUAGUCUUGACCUGUACCCUCUUCAUCGGGCUCAUAAUGUACCUGUGGAUGGUCCAGUAUAAUUGUUACCGCCAGUUUGUGGAGAAACGCCAUUGCACCUGCGGGAAAUUGUCUAUAGUUACUUCAGAAAGCGGGGAUCGCGGCACGUUCUACACAACAGAAGAGUUCGAGGAAGACUACUCAGCUCUGACCGCCGUGUUCACAAUGUACGCAUUGACUAUGAUGGACAACGAAAAUAACCACGCACAGGGAUGAGGAUUACGCAUGCGCACGUCCUCCAACAGGCUCCUCUUAUUCCACUAAAGACUCUUCACAAAAUGGCGGUUCUGUAGUUGGACUGGCUUGUAAUGGCGGAAGCCAGGCCAGAACACGAAGUAGGCAGAGAGUAAGAAGCCUUUGACAAUGUCAUCCCAGUGCCCGUGGGACCUAAUCCACGGCCUAGGUGUAUCUGAACAACUGUCAUCUUCUCAAGAAAGUCUCCACUAGUUUGUAUGCCUGAAAUGUUUUCUUAGGCUUUCCUGUUUCUCUGUAUUAUCGAAAGAUAAACUCGUGAUAUUUCGAUCUGUGAACAUAAUUAAUAGUUUCAAACAAAUAGGUUAAAUUGAAAUAUACUUAUAUAGAGAUUUGAAAAAGUGGAUCAGUAUAUAAAAAGCGCUCAAGAUUCAUCUUUAACACUUAACGCUCACUUGUUUGUUCCGUCGUCAUUAAAAUCUUUCUUGGGUAA